AUGUCCUACCUUCAGUAUUCAGAGACCAAGAAGGAGUCUGCGGCUCUUAUACGCUGUCCCUUUAAGGGCUGUAAUGCGAGGGUGAUUCCUACCAAAUCGUUACAGACCGUGAAAGUGGCAAACUCUCCACAAAUGACAAGCUUAAACGAAAAAGAUACCCACACUGAAUUCUACCAAGUGAAUGACGUAUGGGACUUCGAUAACAUUGGAGUUUCGAGACCUUCAGAUGAAUUGGAACAGCCCACCAUAACUACGGCCCUGGGUGACGAGCUUGAGAUUGCUGUCCAACGUUUGCUUAUCUGUAGUGAAUGUGAUCGUGGUCCCUUGGGGUUUGCGGGCAUUAGCUCCGGGGACGAUGAGAAAGAUCACAAGAACUUGAAAUACUUUCUCAGUUGUACAAGUGUAUUAUAUGAACAGAAAUAG